AUGCAGGCCAAGAAGCUGACGCUCCUGCAGACGGUGGCUGCCGCCGGAGUCUUCUCAGCCGUCUCCUUCUGGUACGGCUUCAUGUUUGGGAGGGAGUCUGCGCGGCGCGAGCUUGGCGGCAUCAUCGACGACCUUCGCAGCGGCUCCACGGCCACCUCUGCCGCGCCCUCCCCCGACUCCCACGCUCACCCCAAACCAUAG